AAAAGCGCAGUGCUUGUGCAUCGCAGGAAGGUCCCGAGGAAAGUCGUUAAAUGCUGCUAUAAGAAUGUCAACAGUGUCGAAGAGGUACAAGCUAGAUAUGGAAUUUCUAAAGAGACUUGGCCACCUUCUGCCAGUCCUGUUCCUCUCAUGGAAGUCUGCUCAGACAAUCCUAUUUUUCUUGCUUCUUCUGAUAGCAGGUGGAGAACAAGGUGCAGCUUACUUUGUAGGCUUGAUCCCCAGUCAAUUUUAUGUGGUUCUACCUGCCCAGGACUGGCCUGGUUUCAUUACAACUCUAUGGCAAUCUCUGCUCUUCAUUAUGCUUAUUUCCCUGAUAAAGAGUGCGAAGACUUAUAUCAGCAAACUGCUGUAUGUUAGAUGGAGGGAAGCCCUCACCACACAUCUCCAUAAAUUCUACUUCAAGGCUUUCAGUUACUACAAACUCAACGUUUUGCAGACAGGAAACGUUGAUAACACAGAUCAGAGGAUAACUCAGGAUGUGGAGAGAUUAUGUAAUCAACUGAGUCUGGUCGUACCAACACUGAUCGUGUCACCAUUCACUAUUGCUACCUACACUUAUCUCACAUAUGAAAUUACUGGUUACCUGGGACCUCUGGUUAUCUAUUGUUAUUUCAUCAUCGGAAGUGUCAUCAAUAAAUUCAUCAUGUCGCCAGUGGUGAAUCUAACUUAUCAGCAGGAAAAACAAGAAGGGAUAUUUAGAUUCAAGCAUGCUCAGCUUCGAGCCAAUUCAGAAUCAGUAGCCUUCUACUCGGCUGGUGAUGUGGAGAAGGACAACGCUGACCGCAAGCUCUUCAGACUUCUUGAUGUCCAGCUUACUCUGACCAACUGGGAGUUCUGGCUCAAUGUUGCCAUAAAUCUGUUUGAUUACAUUGGCAGUAUUCUGAGCUAUGUGAUAAUUGCUAUACCGAUAUUUGCUGGAGUAUACAAUGGGCUCCCUGCAUCAGAGAUAUCAAGUCUUAUCAGUGCUUAUUCCUUCCAGACCAUGUACCUGAUAAGCUGUUUCUCCAAGUUGAUUGAUCUCUCUACCAAGAUCUCUGAUAUAGGGGGCUAUACUCACAGGAUUGGAGAGCUCCUCGAAAGCUUGGAAAAGCUGUCACCCGAUACCCAAACCCCCUCUGAAACAGGGGGACCAUCGGGCAAUGUCCCUCGUCUUGGUUCCAAUAACGACCUGACCCCCUUGACCUCUGACACCCAGUUCCUGAUCUCCGAGACCGAGAUGGAUAGGGAGUACCUAUCGGAGGAUUCAAGAGAGGAGGUGGCCAGAGGAAGAGAAGAGGAUGAAGAAGAGGUUAGCAGCGUGGACAGUCUGAUUGCUUUCCAAUUGGACCAGGUCGCCGUGGCAACCCCAUCCAAGGAUGAAAUCCUCAUUAAAGAUUUAAACUUAGAGGUGGUAGAAGGACGCAACAUCCUGAUCACAGGGGCAACGGGUAGCGGUAAAACGUCACUUCUCCGUGUUCUCCAUGGCCUGUGGCCGGUCAUAAGUGGUACGGUGGAGCAGAGAGGCGUGCGGCCAUCGGACAUCAUGUUCCUCCCGCAGAAGGCUUACCUGACGGAUGGAACGCUCAUGGACCAGAUAACCUACCCUUCUCGAAAUCCUACAAGGCUCUCGAGAAGUAUACUGGAAGAGGACCCGGAUCCGUGCGAGAUCCUGGACCAAGUAGGCUUAGAGGGCCUGGUCCAACGCUGUGAAGGACUAGAUACACUGGUCUCGUGGAAUUGGUACGAUGUAUUGACCCCUGGUGAGGCUCAGUGCCUGGCGUUCGCAAGACUGCUUUACCAGAGACCAAGGUUUGCUUUGCUGGAUGAAGCAACCAGUGCUGUACCAAGCGAAAAAGAAGCCCAGCUUUACGCCCUCUGUCGAGCAGCGAAGAUGACCCUGAUCAGCGUUGGCCAUCAUGUCACUCUCAAGCGCUUCCACGAUGCCGAGCUCAUCAUAGACGGCCAAGGAGGCUGGACGUUGGUGGACAUCUCUCAUAUAGAAUAGUCGACGUCAAAGAGCCUUUGUUUGGUAUGAAAUUACAUUCGUGCAGUGGUAAUUGUCAUUGAAAUUGACAAUCUUAUAAAGGUAUAGUGUAAUAAAAAUAAUGAUGAAGAAGAUAUAGAAUGAGUUAAUAUUUACCAUAUAUAUUUAUGAAUUCUAUGCAAAAUUUACGUAGAGUAUUGAGAGAUUAUGCAUCCAGGUGUAUGUUCAAAGGAGAUGCUAUCUUUUGAACAGUAAAUGAAAUUGAAAGUACUAAGAUAAAUCUUCCAUACAUAUAUAUUUUUGUAUAAUUUUAUUUUCUUGCCACAGUGAUUUUUUCAUUUCAUGAACCUGCUGUAUGCCCAAUCAUAUCAUUAGAUAAGCAAGCUAUAUGUGUGUGACAUUAUGUGUGUACAAAGAUUUGGAUACUAUGUGCUCUUAUAUUGUACCCUGCUAUUAACAUGCUAAAGUUGAUAAUUUGAAAAAAUUAAAUGUUAUUUUAAAGAAAUUUAAGAUUCAGGAAGAUGUAAACACAGAGUAAAAUGAAGUUCAUGCCAGCAAAAUAAAAAGGGAAAACAUCAAUUUCCAAACACUUCAGCAAUUCAUCAUAUUUAAGUAGGCCAGAUUAUGUGAAAUAGUGGGGGGAGGGGGGCAUAUAUGGCCUUCCUCAGCUCUAGGCUGUUGAUCAUGUGAUCGUGGUGAAAAUUGUCGCCAACGUUAUCUCCAAACUAGCAUCCCAUAAUGUUGAGUUAUUUAGUGAGAUCUUUCCCCAAAAAAUAAAUGAGGCCAAGCUGGUUGAACUUGAAAGAAGUCAUUACUUUUGCUUCUCCCAGUGCCAAGAGAUCAAAUGCUUCUGACCAGUGUUGAAAUGCGAUUCUGGGAAACUCUCCUUGAUCCUGUCAUUGGCUAGGGCUACUAAUGCAUCCCGUUGUCACACUGUUAUUUCAAGCAUUUUUAGUGUCAAAUUCCAUCUAGUGUCUAUAUCUCUUUGUAAUUUGAUUGAUUGAGUGAUUUUAUUUCUCAUGAUAAAAAACAAUACAAAAUAAAAAGUUAAUAUUUGAAUUACAUAGUGAACAGGUAUAUGAAUUUGAGAUUAUAAAAUUUAUAAGAGAAAUAUGGGGAAAAACCAAAAAGCUACAAGGAGCUUGAAAGGGGUUAUUCCCAGUUGAAAAGUACGUUUGUGGAAAUACAUAUACAUAACUUGAUAAAAUAACAUACAAAUAAAGCAUAAAUAAACUUAGCUGUAACUUGCCCAAGAGAAAUCCUAAACACCCCCCCCCCCCUUACAUGAACAAAAUUUACCUAUCUUCCGACUAAUAUGAAGCUAAAAUUUGAUUGUUUAAUUUCCUUUUGAAUGCCGAUAAAAAUGAGUAUUGCUUGAUCUCACUGGGAAGUGAAUGCCAGACGUCGGGACCCCUGAGUCUUAUUGAUUUAGAUGUUAAAAAAAUUCGUGGAUUUACUGAAUGGUAAUUUUCUGAGCCUCUUGCGUUAUACGAAUGAAUCUAAUAAUUACAUAUAAACAUAGAAUUGAAUUGGGAAGGCAAUAUUUUAUUUUUCAAUCUAAACAUGAAAAGUGCUAUCUGGAUGGAAUUUAUAUCCGCAACUUUUAGUAAUCCAAGCCCUUUAAAAAUUGGGUCGGUGUGGGCUAGAUAGUGAAACCCUGAUGGUCAGUUCAUUGGUGUAGUGCAAUGCUAGAAUUUUGUCAAGGUACGUUCGCACAGGCCACAAGUUAGUCACCUUGGAAACAAGUGUCUGCAUCACAGAUUCUGUAUCAAACGUCAAAUUCAGGCAGUGUGCAAUGCAGGGCACCCAGCCUUGGUUUAAGUCUCUUGUCACGUCAGUAAGGCAUCGUCUGACGUUGACUCCAUUAUCGCUGACGCAUAACGGCUUGGCGGGAGGCAGAGACUUUUGUCUUUGGAUAGAGUUAAGGAUGACUUUUUGUAUUUCAGGGUUUCCAUAAUGAAAAUUAAUUGCUACAAUUUGAUUGAAAAAAAUUAAACAUUACACAAUACAUAAGAGCAAUUAAGAAAAUUGAAUAAUAAUAAUAAUAGCCAAUUUUUAUAAAGC